AUGCGCGAUUUCAACGCCGUUGUCCUUGGUGCCGGAGGUGUGGGCAAGUCUGCUUUGACUGUUCGGUUUGUCCGUGAUGAGUUUGUAGAGAACUAUGACCCCACUAUCGAAGAGGAAUACCGUCAAAUCGUCGAAGUUGAUGGAAUAUCAUCCUCACUCGAAGUCCUCGACACGGCAGGAGCAGAACAGUUCACUGCUCUUAAUGAGGUCUAUAUCAAGUCAGGCCGUGGAUUCAUCCUUGUCUUCAGCUUAAUACAAGAAGCUACUCUCAUUGAAGUUGACAAUCUGCGUCAGCAGAUAUACAGGAUUAAAGGAGAAAAUACUGGCGUGCCUAUCGUUGUCGUGGGCACGAAGUCGGACCUCAUCAACGAACGUGAAGUGCAGAGAUCUACUAUUCAGGAACUCGCGACACGUUGGGGUCUCCCUUUUUACGAAACCUCCGCCAAGAGGAACUGGCAUGUAAGAGAUGUCUUCGAGGAACUUGUGCGGCAAAUGCGUGUGCAUUAUCCCCCAGAAAUUUCCAAGAAGAAAAGGAGAGGCAAGGAUGGGAAGUGCAUCAUAAUGUGA